AUGUCUUCUCCUCCUCAUCACACGCAGGCUUAUCUUGACGCCGAUAAAGGCCCAACUAUUCUUGGAGUAGUCAUCACUGUCUCUAUUCUGAGUACGAUCUUUGUUGCUGGUCGCGUGUACACUCGAAAACGGAUCAUAGGCGCGUUGCAUCUUGAUGACUGGUUCACAAUCGUUGCCGUGAUCUUCGAAUGGUGCCAAGUUGGCGUUACAGUUGUGGCUGUUAGGAAUGGCAAUGGCAGACACUUCGAUCUUUUGAACGUGACUCAGCAGCAGAAUGUCAUUCUCUACACCAUCUUGGGCUUCCCGUUCGGCGUCAUGGCCUUUGGGUUCCCCAAGCUCGCCGUCGUCGCACUUAUCACACGACUUAUGAAUCCCGGACGCUUACACAAGAUAUUUCUUUGGGUACUUGCUGGAUGUUGCAUGAUGGGUCUGAUUGGAUGCAUCAUCAUUCUCUUUGCUCAAUGCUCGCCUGUCGAAUCUCAAUGGACCUUCUCCAUCACUGACAAGAAGUGUUGGAGCCCUUUUGUUCUUGUCAACUUCGCCAUUUUUGCUGGCGCCUUGUCUGCAUUUACGGACUUGUAUCUUGCUGUAUACCCCGCCGUGGUUUUGUUCCAUCUUCAAAUGAACAAGCGAAAGAAAAUUGCCUUGUCGUUUGCAUUGGGUAUUGGCUCAAUUGCUACUAUUGUAGCCAUCUAUAAAUGCACGCGUCUGCCAUCGCUUGCGAGUAAAGACUUCUCUUACGAGACAUCUGACCUUGUGAUAUGGACUGUCAUCGAAGCGAGCACCAUCAUCAUCGCCUGCUGUAUCCCAGUCCUCCAGCCCCUCGUGGAUGCCCUCUUGGGUCGCCGAGCCUUCGGAUCCUCUCCAGGAUACAAAAACUACAACUCCUCCGGAUACCAGAACUACGGCAAUUCCCGAACCGGCCAACCUCGUUCAAACAUCGAACUCAGCGACAGUAGAAAAUUGCGAAGCGAUGACCGAGGGAACAUGACGAACGUGAAGUACCUUGGGUCUGGAGCCGCGGAGCUUGACUCGCAGGAAAGCAUACUGCGACACGAUGGUACAAAGACAACAGAUACUCACUCGGCAGAUGCUCAUUCAGUCAAUGCGCCGCCUGAAGGUGAAAUCCCUCGAUAG